AUGAACUCCCACGAACAAUCUCCGAUUUCUGAACCCCUGCGUUCGACUGCCAUAUCUAUUGCACAGAUUUCUCCAGAAGCCGAUCGGAUCUUUGAACGCUCAAUACACGCGAUCGUUACCCUGGUAUGGCCUUACUCGUCUUCGAAAAAAUCUUUCAGCCUUUUGUUAGCUGAGCCCGACUUUCGCCUCCGACGAAACAAUGGUCAAGUAAAAGUGGUCUUUUUUGGAUGUGCUGCAGAAGCUGUAGCCAAGUCUCAGGUUGGAAUUGGCGACCAUGUUUAUCUAGGCUUGGCUGGGUCAAAAUUCGUGGCCAGUGAGGCAGCAGCUCAGACGCCUGGAAAGUGUGUGCCUUGGGAUGUACACAUUGAUGAUCGCGUGCUACUUGAGAUCUGGCGCUCGUCCCAGCACUUCUCGACCGUGAAACUUGACCCUUCUACAGUUCCAACACAAGAGACAGAAGAUACGAUUGCGCCGCCAGCUAUACCCAUAGCUAAUGGACGUCUUGAUCGCGGCGAGUCUACUUCGGUUCCUAGACUCGAAGCUUGGAGAUCUCCUGCCUUCGUCGAGCGAACACGUACAUCGUUUGGUGGUCUCGUGGAUUCGGCCUAUGAUCCAUUCGCAGAAGAAGAUGGGUUUAUUCCUGGAAAAGGCCGGAAACGACCUCGAUUUAGUUUACGAGGCGCUGAUUGGCGUGUCAUUGACGAACCCGCAAGUCCUGGAGAGAAAGGGGUACCGGCAGAUUGGGCGUGGAUGUUUGAAGAAGAUGGAACUCACGAGGUCGAUAUUGGUGGAGAAGACCAUAUAAACAGUGCUGCACUACCUCAAGAGAUAUCCACAGCGACCGCUACGGUGCCGAAUGCUGCAGAAAGCGCCGAUACCGUCGCAGACGUGGACCAUGAAUCACUUGAUGUUGCUGUAACGAGCCCAGAACGAUUGACCGAACAGUCAACCAGGGCAAGUCCUCAAUUUGCUCAACCACUACGUGCGUCUGGGCUUGCCCAACACCUUGCCAGACGGAAUUUUACAGGUUCCGAUGUCCAAUAUCCAACAGACACGCCACGCCUGUAUCCUAUUCCUUCUCCCGGACUGCCGAUUCCAUCUCCACUAGUCACUACGUCGAGUAGUGUACAUGACUACUUUCCACCUGUUUCCUCCAAUAUGCAAAAACCGUUAGAUCAAUCCGCUGCAGAGAGAGAGGAAGUGGAGAUGACUGAAGAAGAAAACAACAUCAUAUCUAAGGUCCAGCCUGACGUUUCCACGAGACAAGAGCUGGAAGCGCUUGUUACGACUUCUCAGCAGGCCACUGCAAGGGAUCAAUCCGUUUUAGCGUCUCAAGAUGCUUUUAUCGAUUUGGAAGCAGGAGGUCAAAGGGGCAUGGAGGACACUUCAGCAGCCAACGCGAUGCUCUUUGAGGGUAGAGAAGCUGCGCGUCGCGAGGGAGAACUUGAGAAGCCAAUAUCCAUCGUCCCAGCGGUCUCCUUGGGUCAGUCAUCUGCGGAGAAGGGCGCCGAGGUCGCGAGUGGCGAUAUUAGGGAGGUCGUCGAGGAAGAAUCAGAACAAAGUGACCUUGAACAAGAGCGCAGAGAAGUUCAGGACGAAGAAAAUAAUGAAAGCAGCGAAGAUGAGUUGGAAGAACAGUCAGAAGAAGAGUUAGAAGAAGAGUCAUUUGAAGAGGAGGAAUCAGCUGAGGAAGAAGAAGAUGAAUUAGUCGAAGAGUAUGGAUAUGAGGAUGUUCAAAGACAACGAAAUGAACGUCCAACCGAAUCCUUCGGAGUCAAUGACUUUUACCAAGAUGAUACUAGGCGUUAUGGGGAUUCCGAGGUUGAGGAGAUUGCGGUUCUCACCAAAGGAGCGCUGGAAGACGACGAUGGCUCCGACACCGAAUCUAAAGCCUCUUCGGCUGCAGAACGACAUGCCGCUGAAGAAGAGGUUCAUAGCCAUAUUUUUGAAGACGAGAGCGGCGAAGACGAACACGAAGGCGAUUAUGAGGACGAAGAAACCUUCGAUGAAGAGGACCUCGAGGGUGGAGAUGAGCGGGAGGUAUUGGAUGAGGAGGAGGAAGAAGAAGAAGAAGAAGAAUCGGAGCUUGAAGACGAGCAAGAGGCGUACGAGAAUGACUAUGACCGUGUGGAAUCUGAAUCCGGUUUAGAUGCAGAUACAGAUUCCCCAGCCAGGCCGCAGAAAGUUGUUCAUCCAGAGGUCAUUGUCUUGGACAGCGACAGCGAAGACGAGCCUGCUGUCAGUGCUCCGAUCCAAGCUCAUACGGUAUCGGCUGCAAAUGCUGCUACGGCGAAUGAUGUAGAGUCGUCUGCAACAUCAGCUGAAGAGGAUGAGGUGUAUGACAGAAGCUCUGUUGGUUCGGAAGCAGAUGAAUGGCCCGAAGUCGAAGAUGAGCUGGCUGAGGAUGACCAAACCGGGGAUGACGAAGCGGAAGAAGAGUCUAUGCCGGAGGAGAUAGCUGCGCGCGAUAAUGGUGAAGAUGAACUCAUGGAGGAUGCGCCUUCAGAGGAGGAUUUUGUGGCAGAAGAGCGAAUGGAAGUCCUGUCGGAUGGCGAACAAAAUUCAGUGCAAGGCGAAGUCCAACCAGAAACUGAUAUUGAAAAGAUCUUUAUUUCCCGCACACAUAACGAGGUGCUACAGGCAACUUCGGGGGUACCACAAAACCCAGAGGGUCAGGACAUCGCCGAUCUUGGUGCCUCUGUCGCGCAAUCCGCACAAGUACCUUAUACCGAUUCUAGAUCUGGCCCGCGGCCUCAGGAUUUGGCAAUUGACCCCGAGUUGUAUCGAUUAGGUACUCGUGAGAAUGAAACUCACAACCCGGAGGCCGAUGCUCACGCUGAGCCAGGGCCGGAAGAGCCUGGCUUGGAGAAUGAGGGUAUCAGUGAGCCAUUCAACGAUGGCGCUGCUUCCCCACAACUAGUUGACGGUUUUGCAGAGCUUGCAUCUCGUGUCCAGGCGUCUUCAACCCAAGCUCAACAGCUUGUCACUCCGGAUGCUUCGCAAUUGACCGCUCCUCAUCAUCUUCCUACCGCCAUGUCAAUCGGUGACUUUCUACCGACACCCGAACAGACGCAGGAGUUAGCCCAAGGUUUCAGUUCCCAAUACGACGGUCAUGCCGAUGCUCUGGAACAAACGCCGUUGCACAUAUCCACCACAUCCAUAAAGACUGAUAUAUCGUCAACAAACGAGUAUAAUGUGCGAAUGACUUCGACUCUGGGCAGACAGCAACAGCAGACUCAGAGCGACGGAAUAUCUGUUCAUGAUGAAGAGUAUGUGAUGUCUUCCAUUGGAGACGAAACCCCAAGUGAAGUUCAUGAUUGGGGUGUUUCAGCACAGCCAUUGGAAAGAAUGCCCUCGGUUGUGAAUCGUCACCAUCCCGGUUUGCGCAGCAAAUAUUCUUACUUCGCUCCUCUUGCUACGCUUAUCGACCAUUACAAUUCGCUGACGGACACGAUCUCUGUUGUGUCCGAGGUUUCCCCAACCAGUCGGGCCACUUCAGGAAAGAAAGACUUUACGUUGACACUCCAGCUUACCGACCCAUCGAUGGCAGGCACCAUCAUUCCUGCACAAAUCUUUCGCCCUUAUAAAUCUGCACUUCCUUCCGUAGAAGAAGGCGACGCCAUAUUGCUUCGCAACUUCCAGGUCAAAAGCUUCAAUCACUCUAUGAUGCUCGUCAGCGUCGACACUAGCGCAUGGGCUGUGUUCCACAACUCCAGCAAAGAAGCGCAAAUUGCCGGACCUCCAGUCGAAUACGGCGAUGAGGAAAACGCAUACGCCACUGACCUACAACAAUGGUACCAUGAAGUUGGGAUUGCCAUGGUAGCGGAUUACCAGCUUCAAGCUUCGGUACAGACGGCUAGCAGAGAGGCAACACCUGUCGGUAGUGUUGCGCACAGCGACGCAGAGGCUCGAAACGAAGAAAAUCCCACCGGAGGAUAA